GGCACUUAAAGGACACCAAAGCGACACGGUUUCUCCCUUCCCGUCCUUUUUCUGUUCGGAUCUCCUUCAGCUGCUCACAGCCCUGCCUGGGCCGGGCGCCCGGCGCUGACAAAGGCGGGGUGUGGGCGGCGGAGAGGCUCGGCCGCCGCCGCCACCGUCAUUGGGGCCGACGAGGGGUCGGGCUGAGGGGGGCCGGGCUGCUGGGCCCGGCGGCCUCGGGAAAGGCGGUCGGGAGCAGCACCCUGCGUCCGGAGGUGUCUGGGGGAAGCGUCGCUCGUCGCCGCCGGCAGCCGGGCACGGGAGGAGGAGGAGAGCGGCAUUCCAGCCGCUGUCUUUUAUUGCUGAACGUUUGUUCGUUCCUACGAUUCUCUGUGAAGACAAGUUAUGUCAACAGCUGCUUUAAUCCAUUUGGUAAGAAACGGAGGGUAUCAAGUACGGAGAGUCCUGCUGACGUCCCGCCUCUUGCAAGACGAGAAGUGUCCAAUAGUUGAGUGCUACAGUUCCACCUCUGAACGCCGUGCGUCCCGCUUUGAUCCAGACGGGAGUGGGCGACCCGCCACAUGGGACACCUUUGGCAUCUGGGACAAUCGCAUUGACGAACCUAUUCUCCUCCCACCAAGCAUAAAGUAUGGGACGCCAAUUCCCAAAGUCAGCCUGAGCAACGUGGGCUGUGCUAGCCAUAUUGGGAAGCGGAAGGAAAACGAGGACCGCUUUGAUUAUGCUCAGCUGACAGAGGAUGUCCUGUACUUUGCAGUUUACGAUGGACAUGGCGGGGCGGCAGCAGCAGACUUCUGUGCUAAGAACAUGGAAAAAUAUAUCAAAGAAUUUCUUGCUCAGGAGGAAAACUUGGAAAACGUUUUGAACAAUGCUUUUCUAGAAAUAAACAAUGCAUAUGAAAAGCAUGCUCAUCUGUCUGCUGAUGCAACUCUGAUGAACUCUGGGACCACUGCGACAGUAGCCCUGCUCCAGGAUGGUAUUCAGUUGGUUGUGGCAAGUGUGGGAGACAGCCGUGCCCUGCUGUGUCGAAAAGGAAAGGCUAUGAAACUCACUAUUGACCAUACGCCAGAAAGGAAGGAGGAGAAGGAAAGGAUUAGGAAGUCUGGUGGCUUCGUUGCCUGGAACAGUCUGGGACAACCACACGUGAAUGGCAGACUUGCAAUGACGCGGAGCAUAGGAGAUUUGGAUCUUAAGAACAGUGGCGUGAUAGCCCAGCCAGAAACAAAAAGGGUUCAGUUGCAUCAUGCAGAUGACAGCUUCCUGGUCCUUACUACAGAUGGUAUUAACUUCAUGGUGAACAGUCAGGAGAUCUGUGACUUCAUUAACCAAUGUCCCGAUCCUGCUGAAGCUGCCCAUGUUGUUACUGAGCAGGCAAUGCAAUUUGGCACUGAGGACAACAGCACAGUUGUCAUAGUGCCUUUUGGAGCAUGGGGAAAGUAUAAAAACGGCGAGAUCAACUUCUCCUUCAGCCGCAGUUUUGCCUCCAGUGGGAGGUGGGCAUGAAGUCCUGCCACAGCUAUCUUUUCCUGCAAUAAUCAGGACACAGUGUGCUACAAGAGAGCACAUCCAUCUGUUCAAAUGCUGGCUCAAUGUCUUGUUCAUCCCUCCUGUUGCCAGUGUUACGGAAGAUGCCACCGCUCCCUCGGUGCGUAAAUGCCCCAUUACUGCUUGCAGUUGAUUGCAUUUUACUGUACUCGUUUAUUCAGAUCGGCAUUGAGGCAGCUAUUUCUUUGGAUUUGUAGUCCCAGCAGCUCUUCACACCACUUGGUUCACAUAGACAAGUCUCUAGGCCUCCACCUGAGGCUGAAGCUAUCACACAUUUGUUUCAUAUCAACCUGUAUUACCUAGGACUCUUAGUUACCUGGCAGCUGUGAAAGUCUGAGACUGAGCCAUGUGCCAUCUUCUUUGUACGUUAAUCCACAGGGGAACAAGCGCACAGUUUUCCUAGCAAUAAAAAAAGAGAUUGUGUUGUUUUCCUCUGCCAUGCAGCCACCCAAAACUCUCCGUGUUUCCCGGAGAAGCAGGUGAAAUACAAAGGGGAAGUUUCAGAAGCAAUUAGCCUGUGGUUAUAUUCCGGUGCCAGUGGCAUUCAGUGUACCUGAACAACAUCCUAAGACAGUGCUGCUGUGCAGGCCUUCAGGCUGUCACUGCUGUUAUCUGUCAUCCUUCAUCUCCCAAGAUACAGAGCAGGCUAGAGCCAUGUGCUGUUGGGCGGAGAGGAAUGUCUCUCCAUUGGGUCCAAAGGCUGUACUAUCUCUGUGGACCAUGCAGCAGCCCCUUGACUUUGGUGUGCCAGUGGCUUAACAGAAACAUGUAGGAGGGAAAAAGCAGCACAUUUUUUGAACUGCUGAGACUCCCAUCAAUAUCAAUGUCUUUUUUUUUUUUUCUCCCUAAGAAAAAAGAAACAUUUCAAAGAGUUUUUUAUUCAAGGUUCUUUGGAUGUCUAAGAAAGGAGUUUGUUUAUUAUUUCUUCAUAAAUAUAUGAGCAUUUUUCUGCUCACUGCUGAAGUUUUUUUUCAGUUAGUCGGGAUGUCCUGGGUCUCCUCAUGGUAUACAGAGAGAUGUAAAAUGCUGAAAGCAAGAAAGUUAGAGAAAUGAGUGAGCAUUUUAAUAAUGUACAGUAAUUUUUGUAAGUUUGGGGGUUUUGUUUCUAGCGGGUGUCAGAUACUGGGACACCAAAAGGUAAUUUAGGAAGUGUAAAGGAAGUGUACCUACUUCCCUUUCUGCUGGGACUCUGUGUCCAGCAAGGUACCAAUGGCCAGAGCCCUGAGCCAGCUCAGCUCACUGCUGUGACAAGACUGCACGUGACGUGUCAGUGUGUUGGCAGCAGGCGAAGAGCUGUCCUAGCAUGCCUCCAUCAGACCUCAUUCUUCCUCUGCUCCAAAUCAGGCGUGCAGUUCGUGUGGCCUCUGAAUCACCCUGCUGUAAGGAAAUAAGGGCAGAGGAAAAUCAGGCUCUUCCCACAUUUGCAACAGUAGUUUUUAGCUGUUUCCAACCAUGAAAUUUUACAUACCAAACAAACAAGCCAACCAAAAUGAACAGAAGUGAGAGAAAUUGCCUGAUACUAAACCACCUUACAACAAGAAAAAUAUUUCUGAGAUGCCUGGUCCAAUUCUCGUUUUUGAGUGUGACAUAGGCAUCUUCAUUAGUUUUAGCCCUUUCCAGACCCAGGGUUACAGCAUAGACAGUCAUUCCACAUGUUCUUCCUCACCUCUGGCUGCAGACCUAGGAGUAUCCUGCAGAGCUCAGUGUUGUACUGACAGCAUUCAUUCUCUGUGUUAAGUGAGUAUGCUCAUUUUGUCCCAUUGCUUGAUGUAUUAUAUGGUAUAUAUAGUGUCAAUAUUUGGUUCAUAAGUAUAAAGAACUCAUGAAUCAUUAUUUGUAAAUCUCUAUUGUAUUUGUUGCUGUUGCCCAGGCAUCUUGAAUGAGUGUGUCAUUGGUUUACAUUUAUAAUUCAUUCUCUCUCCCCAGAAUUGCCCCAGAACUGGGGUUCAGUCUUCACCUGAUAUCAACAUGCUUGAUCCUGUGCUCAGCCUUGUUUACUUGAGGCAAUAGGUCACUUUUGAUUGAGAACUUAUAGUUCCCAGCCUGUGGUAGGUUUGAAAAUUGCCUCAGCCUGUUUGUAGCAAGAGACAAGCCUCUUCUGAUCCUGAGCGCUUGCACAGAGGAAACACUUAACAGAAGUUUGGAGAGCUGUGCUGGCAAUGUGGUUAUGACCCAUUUUGCACUGCAACCUGAAUAGGUGACUCCCACUGAGAAACUGCGCUGCUGAAAUAGCAACUGUGAUAGCUCUCAGCUAAGGGUUAACCACACAGUUAACCAGCUUUCUCUGGGCAGAGGAAGGGUUAGAGUCAGCUCUGCAGAGGGAGUUGCUGUGGGAGCAGAUUUGGUAUCAAGUGUUGGACAGGCAUGAGCAGCAGCGUCAGGAUUUGGACAAGCCCCGUCAACACAUUCAGUGCCAAAUGCCACUAUCCAGACAGAAGAUAUCAAAGGCACUGGGGGUGUUUGUGACAAGUGCAUGUUUGUUUUUUUGAGCAGUACUGAAUAUUCAUCAAGCUGAAUGCAUAGUAUCAAAUGCAGGCUGGUAAUGAGUAACACUGCAAAUGAAGAGCAGGUGCUUUGAGGGAUGGCCUGGCAGUUAAAAUAACUUCCAAGCAUCGGCCUAUAUGUAAAAUGAAAUCAUUUUUAUACUAAGUGGAGAUUUGGGGGUAUUUUUUUGCUUUAUCCCUAUCUGGUAGAAAAUUUCAUAGAUAAUGGAAGUUGUUGGGCACUUUUAUUUCCUCUAACAGACUGGUUGUCAUCACAGAGGAAAGAUCCAUCCAUAACUGCUUCUGUAUUAUAGAAAGGAAGGGAUAAGGCAAAGCUUUCCAAAAUAGGAGGUAAUGAGAUAUUACUGCCUUUAUACAAUCACAGGAAAACUUUGGUUACAAAGGAAUUUUCAGUGUCAUCUAGUGCAGCCUUGUGCUCAAAGCAGAGCUAACUUCAGAGUUAUAUCCUGCUGCAAAGGGGCAUCUCUCGACACUGAAAUGUAGUGACUGAAAGCAGAUGGGAAUACAGAUUUUAGCAUGCAGUGCAAUCUACCUGUUGAACCACUAAAACACAUUGAAGUCGAAAGCUUACCAGUAUGUGAAAAACAACAGGCACUUUGUAUAGCUACCAGUGAAUUUCACAAAUCAAUUAGCACAUAUAUCUAACAGAUACUAGCUGUUUUGCUCUACACAAAAGUUAAUGAGCAAUUGACAAAAGAUUACAAAGAUGCAUUUCUUAUGCACAAGUUAUUCCUUGCCUGUUCCCUCUAGUUUUCUGCAUCUAAUUCUGAAGUAAACAAACUACCAAUUAAGAUGAAACUCUUUGCCAAGUGGCACAGUAGUCUUCCCAUUCCUCUCUCCAUUAAGCACAGAGGCACCUUCACACUGUUUUUUGGGGAUUUCUGACUUCAUGCUGUGCACUGCCAGACUCUUAAGUGCCAGUCAGAAGCUCCACUACCAGGAUCUUUCUCCUCAACACCAGCCUUGCCUUUUCCAGCAGCCACGACAGUAAACUCCCUUAGGAUUUAAAUGGCUACUGUGCCAAACCUUUUUUUUUUUUUUUUUUCUCCCUCUCUCUCCAUGGAAAUCAGGCAAAACCUGCAGUGUCCUGGGUGAUGGGUUCUUCAGUCAUCUGACACUUUUUACUGAAGAGUCCCAGCAUUUCCAUUUUAGUUUUGGGGCUGUUUGGGCACCAAUAGCACAUAAACGGAGUGGGCUUCACCAAUGCCUUGCAUGGACUAUGAAAGUUGGAAGAAUAAAGUUGUGUCACGGUAAAAACUAUCUUGUCGUUGUGGUACCAGGGGAUCAAAUUAGCAGCACCCUGGAUAAUACCCAGCAAAACAACCUAUCAGCACAGGGUCCCCCACCUGAGAUAUGUACUGAUCUGCUCUAAUGAAGGUGUGCUUGUAUUUUUAUUUUUUUUUUCCUCCCUAGUCAGCAGGCCUCCUGCUGCUUACAGCAGCUCUACAAGUGAUCAGAUUGAAGCCAGAAGAACACACAAAAUUAUCUUGCCUAGUAGAGGGUUCCUUUUAUCCUGAGGGAAUAAAAGCUAAUUGUCUACAACAAAAAGCUAAUUAUCUACUGUCUACAACUGUAGUUGCCUAUCAAAGGGGUUUAUUAUUGCAGGAUCUACUUGUAUCUUAAAUUUUGAAUGAAAUUCAACAGAAUCUCAAUUUCCUCUCUAGCUGUCUUUCAACUGUUGUAUCAAUGAAAAGAAUUAUUUUUUUCUUAAAUUAUAAACUCAACUGAACAUUAAAGGUUACCUACUAAGCAAACCACAGCAAGUUGAUUUUUUUUUCCCUGCCUUUUUUUGAGCUGGAUUCUGAACUCCGUAAGAUCUAUCUAGUAAGCAAUAUUUUCUUGCCUGAACACUCCUCCUGGAACAACACUACUUCUCUAAAUUACAGGUACUGCUGGAGGGUGGGCUGCUGGUAUGGAAAGGCAAAAAAUGUUAUCCAGCUUGUUACUUGUUUUUAUUGUGAAGACUUGGAAGGCACAGGAGGCCUGUUGCUGGAAGAUUUACUGGGAGAGCUGUUUAGACUGCAACUGGAGUUGCAGCCUGGUCUCUCCACCACCCAGGAAGUGGGGUUUCAUGCUUCAUAGGGGGAACUCACUACGGUAGAACCUCAUUUGCAGCCACGAUAGAGAGCAGGUCUGUCUGGAAGGUGAUGGUAGUGCAAGAAAUAGAAAUCAGGGUGAGCUAUAACAGCUUGUUUAAUACAGUGCCCUCUUAACGUCUAGUCCCGUUUUGUUUGAAAAGCUCAGGGUUGGUGAAUAACCAUGAAGCAUUGUUAGUGGUUGAGAGUGGGGAUGUGAGAGAAAUUAGACAUGUUACUGCUUUUUCCGUAUUUGGGGAAAUGAAAAUUCUGAGGAUCUGAGACUCACCACAGGAUUCUGCACAAAUUGGGUUAUCAGCUGACCUUUUCUGUCUCAGCAGGCAUAUGUGCUGUGGUCAAAGGCAUUGGGGUUUCUAGCUAAGGCAGUAACACAAAACUUAAUUUAAAUUUAUAAUAUUAACUUCUGUGAAGUAAGAUCACUUAUGCAGUUAUAGGUACAUUGAUCACUUACCCAACGAGACGAACAUACAUUGUAGCAACUCCCCUGCUUGGUUCUGAAGCUGCUGUUCUCAAUGCACAAAUACCUAUUGGAGUUCCCCCUUUACCCAGCAUAUAAAAUGCUUGGGCAGUGGCGUGUCAUGACUUCUACAGACAAGUACAAUUGCAUAUGUUCAUUUCACAGUCUGCCUUAGGACUGUCUGUAAUUCCCAAGGUUUGAUGUUUAUGUUUGGUGUAAUCGUCCAUAAUUAAUCUAUUUCUUCAUUUUAUUGUAAUAUUAAUUUUCCUUCCCCAACCUCCCUCAUUAUUUGAUUUUUUUUAAACAACAUCUGUUGUGACUCAUAUACUCAAAUGUACAGUGGGGCAGAUAAGGCUGUACUGAAAUGCUUGAAAAAGAUCUUUAAAUAAAUAAUUGGCUUCUAGAGUUGUA